AUGCGUGUAAAUGUGCGGAAAUUAAUUAUAAUAUGUGGAACUUUAGCAUUUUUAUGGGUAGUGGUAUCAUAUUCCUCUACAUUUGUUCCUUCAUACAAUCCCAAGAACAGUAUAUCAGAGUUAGAAGCAGAGAUAAAUCGUUUGGAACAUAAAAUGCAAAACCAACUUAGUGAUAGUUAUAAGUUAUUAGAAAAAGUUAGAAAGCAUUUAAAAAAGACUGAAAACAAACAUGUGGAAGAUAGUGAUAAAGAUUCUCAAAGUAUUUUGAAUGAGGAAGCAACACAGUAUAAAAACCCUGUGCUGCCAGUGUUGGUGAUCGCCUGCGACAGAGUCACUGUGAAGAGAUGUUUGGACAAUUUAGUUAAAUUUAGACCAAAUAAGGAAACAUUCCCUAUAAUAGUUAGUCAGGACUGCGGUCAUAACGAGACUUACCACGUGAUAAAAUCCUACACCGAUAGUGAUGCGAGUGUGACAGUGGUGCGACAGCCGGACCUGUCGGAGAUCCCGCUGCCCCGCGCCAAGAUCAAGUUCAAGGGAUACUACAAGAUUGCUCGGCAUUAUAAGUUCGCUUUGAACCAUGUGUUCGUUGAUUUGAACUACGAUGCUGUUAUCAUUGUUGAAGACGAUCUGGACAUAUCCCCAGACUUCUUCGAAUAUUUCCUAGGCACGUACCCACUACUGUUCAAAGACCCGAGUAUAUGGUGUAUAUCGGCAUGGAACGACAACGGGAAGAAGGAGCUGAUCGACCUGACGCAGCCGGCGCUGCUGCACCGGACCGACUUCUUUCCCGGUCUCGGCUGGCUCCUGCGCAGAGCCAGCUGGCUGCAGCUGGAGCCGAAGUGGCCUGAGGCAUUCUUCGACGACUGGCUUCGAGACCCGGAGAAUACGAAUGGCCGCGCCUGCAUCCGACCGGAAAUAUCAAGAACUUACAGCUUUGGAAAGGUGGGUGUCAGUAAAGGGCUGUUCUUCGACAUGCACCUGCGGUAUAUGCAAUUGAACAUGGAAUUCGUCGAAUUCACCAAAUUGAACCUCACGUAUUUGAUAAAGGACGUUUACGACGAAGCCCUAACGUCUCUAGUGGCGAGCCUUCCGGAGGUGUCCGCGGACGACGCGGUGUCCGGCACAGGAACCGAACCCGCGCUACGCGUCACGUACUCGAGUGCCAAAAGUUAUCAGAAGGCAGCCAAGAAAUUGGGCCUGAUGGACGAUUUCAGGAGUGGUAUCCCCCGUACCGCCUACAGGGGCAUAGUGACGUGCAGCCGGCGCGGCCGCCGCGUGUACCUCGCGCCCGUACACCGAUGGGAGAAGUACGACCCCACGUGGGGG